GAGCAUAUAAAAUGUCACAGUCGCUAUUGGCGUUUUAACCAUCUCCCAAAACCCGCAUUUCUCUGUGUAACUGAAGCGCGCGCGUUCAUGGAGGAAGAUGAGUUCGGAGAUCUCUACAUGGACGUUAUUCGCCUCAUCGAGGCGCGGUUUCAGCCGCAGCACAAGGACUCCUGGGCCGGACGCAGCUGCCGUGAAGGCGGCGGCGUCGCAGGACCGAUCGGUUGAUCUUAACUUCGACAAUGACGAUGAGAAGACUCCGCAUUUGAAAGCCGGUACUGCCCCAGGCCGGAACUUGAAUUCCUACACUCAAGAAAAAACCCUUCCCGCGCGCGGGGGGUUUAAUUUGAAUUUGGAUUCCAACUGGGAGGCGACAGCGAGGAUUGAUGGCUUAGUUGGAAAGGGAGGUGAUGGUUUGGGUUUUGAGGCUAGGGUUUUGGAGAAUGGAAAUGGAUUGGAAUUACGUGGAAAACCGAGUUUUAUGGAUGAUGAUGAUGAUCUAAAUAUAAUCUUGGAAGAAAGGGAGGAGAAAGGUAAGGAAUUGGUGGAGAAAAACAAUAACAAUUUCAUGAUAAAAGAGGACAAGAAGUAUGCACGUGCUGUUCGAGAAGAAUUUACCAUUAAUUUUGUAAAUGACGCUGCGAUUGAUGAAAUGGGACCGGAGCAGAGUAUUCGGGGGCUCUCCGGAAGAAUGGAGAAUCCCAGCGUUCCAUAUAUUGGGGAUGAGUGGGAGAGCGAGGGGACUUAUGAUGAUCUGCAGAUAGUGUUAAAUGAUAACAACCAUGGGCCAAUGGGGAUAAAAAGGAUGCCAGGAAUGAUUGAUGAUGAUAAAGAUGAUAAAGGGGAGCCAUUGGUGAUAGUUGUAGAUAAUGGUGAUGACGGCCAACAUCAUCAGCAGGCACAGAGGAUGGUGGGUGAGCAAGAGCCGGGUGGCAAGGAAGAGGGAUGCGGGGAUACAGAGAAGGAUUUGGGUGAUGCCUCUAAGGCAAGUGGUGAAGGAGGUGUCAAUGCUCCAGCAGCUGCACAGACAAAGAUUGUAUACAGCAACCAGUCGUUCCAUAACCCAUUCUCUUCACAGUUCAAGUACGUAAGACAUGGUGCAGCAACUUUUCCAGGUGCUGCUGGAGGCAUCACAGGUCAAAUUCGUCCACUUAUCAGCAUGGUCCCUCCAGCUGAACGUGGAAGUGAUGUUUGGAGGCCACCAGGAAUGAAGUGGCCCAUGCCCAUGCAAAAAGGAUAUCACCCUGGUUAUGGAAUUCUGGCUAGGAGAGUUAAUGUAGCAGGUCAUGGAAGUGGAUUCGAUUUCAGGCUUCCAUCAUACAAGUCAAUAUUUGAAGUUGAUAUUGAUAGUUUUGAAGAAAAACCUUGGAAACUUCCUGGCAUAGAUGUGUCUAACUUUUUCAACUUUGGUUUGAAUGAGGAUAGUUGGAGGGAUUAUUGCAAACAACUGGGACAACUCCGGCUUGAGAUGACUGUGCAAAGCAGAGUUCGUGCUCAUGAAAGCGGCAAGGCAGAACAGAAUUAUGAUCCAGAUCUUCCACCAGAGCUUGCAGCAGCAGUUGGUAGCCAAGAUAAUCCAUCUGAAAAUGCAAAUCAUGGAAAGAUAGAUGCUGGUGCUGACUCAGCGAGACGGACCUCUCCGGUUGGCAGACCAAUACCAGUAGAAACCGGUUCCUGUGAUCGUCUGCCAUCAAUUGAUACAAAAUGUCUAAGAAUGCAUGAUAUGGAUGCCAUUAUUGAGAUCAUCUGCCACAGUUCUAAGGAUGGUGAUGACGUAUCAGAGCAACAUGACAAUGAUCCAGCAAGAAAGGAUCAUGUUGGAGGAUGUGAUGAAACUGAUGGUCUUCAACAGGAUGAUGCAGACCAUAUGGAUAGCUUUUCACCUGAAUAUAAUGGUGAUAAGUGGGGAUUUGAUUCAAGAAGACCACUGCCAAAGAACACUGCCCAUAAUCAUGAUAUUCUAAGAGAGGAUGUCUCGCAUCUUCCUUCAGAAGUAAAUGGUCAUCCCCGUACUGAUAGGGAUACUGGUCCCCCACAUGAGGAGAGGUCUAAGAAAGGAAGGAGGCACGUCAGAUCGCCUUUUAUGUCUGCUAGUGAGAAUAUAAAAGAAAAUAUUGCGGGUAAUCUGAAGGAAGAAUCAUAUCGUGCUGGGGAUGGUAAGCUAAGGCCUUCCUCGUCAUCUUCCGUCUCCGUUGGAUCUGAUAGGGAGUGCGUUGUAGUAGUUGGGGAUGAGACCGAUGAUGAUUCAGUAAUGGAUGAUAGAAGCUUGAAUAUGGAAAGAGUGGAAAUCGCUUCGGAUCCUCGGAACAGGGGUACAUGUGAAGAUGAGGACUUAGUAUGUUCAACAAAGAAACAAAAGCUAAAUUUGCAUCCAGAUUCGGGAGAGUAUGAAGAUGGGAGAGACUCAAACACUGCAUGGAGUAAUGACUGCAGAGCAAGAUCAGGAAGUAGUGAAUAUCUUCAGAUUUCUCCUGGUGAUGUUGAUGACGAAGUCCUUCAGCAUAGGCACUCUCUACGAGCAGGAAAAAGCAUGAGAGAAGUAGGAGAUGAGGGUAUUGCUCAAAGGAAAGAUAGCUAUGGUGGAGAAGAAGCUGGAAGACAGAACAUGGUGGUAAAAGAGAGAGACGGGUUUUGUUCACGUAGAGGUGGGCAUGCUAACUCAUCACUUCAUUUGCAUGGGAAAAUGGGGAGUGCGUACUGGUGGAAGGAGAGUGAUAUAUCUGAAGGAACAUGGAAUCGGAGAGAUGAGGAUCGUUAUGGUGGAAGAGAAAGACUUGAAGACCCUAGAAAGAGGGAGCAUGGUUUGGAAUUCAGCUCCAGAAAUCAGAAUAAGCCUAGACAAAUAGACAAGAGUGAGAGAGAUGAUCAUCGCCAAUCAAGAAACCAGCUAGAUAAUGGCAGUUGGAUGGGGACUAAUCAUGAAUAUGAUAUCAUAGGAUCCAGACAAAGAGAUAGGGAUGAUCAUCUAAAUAGUUGGAGUGGAAGAGUGCAUGUGAGACGGGUGCAUGCAGGAAUGGAUGAUAUCUAUCAUAGUCAUAUUGAAUGUAGCAUCCGAAGGAAGAGAGAGAGGGAUGAUGGCUCUGAUCAGGAUGAUGAGAUGCACUAUGCCCGUCAAAAAGGGGGGGAAAAGCUGAGAGAGCGUGAUAAAUGGCAUUGGACUAAACAAGAUGAUCAUUUAUGGAGGAGGGAACGAAUAGAAACACGGCCAAUGAUGCGAAGUGCACUAGCUGCUGAAGAAAAAACAUGGAUAAGUCAUUUAAGGGGUAACGAUGACUACAAAGGGAUCCAGCAGAGAAUUCCAUCUGAAGUAUAUAGACUGGAAUGGUAAUCUAUUUAAGCAAAGGGGCCGAGUUGAAAAUGAUUUUUUACGUCAGAGGAGCCGUGAAGAUGUUUAUGCUCUUAGAAAUCAACUCAUCAACAACGAAAAGAGAUCAAGAUACAAGAAGUCCACCUGUCGUAAUGAACAUGUGUCCUAUGGUUCAGAUACUUCUAGGAUGCGUGAAAACAAAAGGAAACAAACUAGUCGAAAGUGUAGAGAAAUGGACAGUGGAGGCCAUCGUUCCUUGAUACCUCCCAAGAGGAACCAGGGUGAAGAUGGUGGUUCAGUACGUGAGAUGGCAAACUUGAGUGGCAGAGACGAGCAACGAAGUUAUCAUGGUCAUACAAAUCAUCGGUCAUCUAGAAAGCACAGAGAUGAUGCUUCGACUGACAAUGAACAGCCUGACUCAAGGAGGGGGCGCCCCAAUUUGGAACACUGGACAAGCCAUAAGGAGACGGACCUAGCAACCACCCCUACUGCUUCAUCUUCUUUGAAAAGAAGAGAUCAAGAUACAUAUAACAGUAGUGGAAGAUCCUUGGUGACCAGGGCUCUUGAAGAUCCUUCCGGAAAGACAGAAGAUAAUCCACAGCCUUUGGUUGAAAAUUGAAGACACUGGUCCAGAAAUGAACGACAAUGAUACUAAAGCCGCGAAGGAUAGACACUUGGAUACUGCCGCCAAGUUGAAGAAGAGAAGCGAGCGUUUCAAGCUUCCCCUGCCAGCUGAAAAAGAUUCUACUGCAAUUAAGAAAACGGAGAGCAAACAUGUUGGCAGAAACUGAGCCUUGAUUCAGCCCGAAAGAGGAGAUGGACUAGCAAUAGAAAGGUAAAAGAAAAAAAGUUACUGGACUGAAUUCAUUCUUCAAGUAUUGCAUCUACUACCAUCGCCUUUUACAUUGUCAGAUCAUGAAUGAAUGUUGUAGUAAAUUCUUGCAGCUGGAGAACACUCUGUACAUUCCUUCGGAAAUGCAGUAUUAGUUGGAUAUGGAAUACAAAAUCUAUGCAUUCUUAAUUCUAUAUAUUAUUUUCAAUAAUAAUUAUUGCAUUAAAUGCAAUUUGUGAA